UAUAAUGUUGUGUACAGAAACAGAGAAUUCAUUCUUCCUUUCAUCUAAUAACAAAAUAUCUUCUCCAACAUCUCUCUCUAGAUUGAUCUCCAUUGAUGAACUUAUGGAAACAUUCUUGAAGCUCUUAGUCUAGAUUUCUACAAAUAUCAGAAGGAAUACUUAGCAAUGGCACAAGAGAACAUUGACAAGUUGACCCAAGAAUUCACACUUCCAAAGCACAUACACAAGCUGAAGCUCGUGGAGCGGCCUCCGAAUGAGAACUCUCCGUGCAACAACUGCUUCCUGAGCUGCAAAGAAACUAAUUUUUAUGCUAGUGAGAUGUGUAGGUUCCAGGUACAUGUUUCGUGUGCUUGUCGUGGAAAAGAAGAUUGGAAACUGAAACAACAUGAUCAUUUCCUAAUCCUCCAGCGAACGCCCACCACUUUCCAUUGCAAUGCUUGUGGUAAGGAAGACAAUAGAGAGGCCUCUUAUCUAUGUACAGAAUGUUCAUUCUGGAUCCAUCACAGCUGUGCCAAUUUGAACCCAGAGCUCAACCACGGCGAUCAUGACCACCCGCUCUACCUGGAGUUUUCUCUUCCACAAGAAUUUGAAAAUUUCAAUCUCACCUGCGAUGUGUGCAGCGAAAAGCUCCUUCCUGAUUAUUGGGUUUAUCAGUGUGGGCCUUGCAGAUUCUUUGUACACGUCAAGUGUGACGGGAAAAGGAGAAAGGUUGCUGACGAUAACAUCGAGGCCUUUCCCAAGUUGAAUCUGGCCCUGCUGCCGGAGGCUAAUGAAACCGUGCAACUUGUUGAACGGUUUCUUAAGCAAAAUGGCAUCCUUGAAAAUCUCAAGCCGUCGCAGAUUGACAAUUUUCAACACAAGGUGCAUCCGUUAGUGCUCUCAAAUAACACAAACAAGGAUAAAUUAGUUUGUAAUGGCUGUAUUAGGCCUAUUGUUGACCCGUGUUAUUAUAGUUGUCAACAGUGCAGCUACUUUCUGCAUGUAACUUGCUCUCAGUUACCGGGUGAUCUGGAGCUGUAUCACCCGGAACAUCCACUUUACAUAAGGCAUUCGGAGUAUUGCUGUUUCUUCCGGCAAUGCAGUCAUUGCAAAUUAGACACUAAUGGUUGGUGGUUUGAAUGCAAACAGAGAAAAUGUGACUUCCGCCUCGAUAUGAAGUGUGCUUUAUUGCCUAAAGCUAUUGCACAUAAAUCACACAGGCACCCCCUUUCUCGAAUUUCAGUUUUCGAUGAAAAUUGCAGCGCUUGUGCCAAAACCCUCUCUGGUUCGUCAUACGGUUGUGAAGCUUGCCGUUUCUACCUAGGAAAUGAUUGUGCUCUAUCGCCGCUGACUAUCACCGUCCAAUGGGAUGAACACCCCCUUACCCUCAUUUUUCACGCUUUUACUGACCAUCCAGAUGAAUUCUUGUGCAGGAUCUGCGAAACAUAUGCACAUCCCAAGUAUUGGCUAUAUCAUUGUAGGGAUUGUCAUCAAUCUUUUCAUCCACAUUGCAUCCCUCAACAUGGUCUGUCUCGUAAUAUCAAGUUUGGUAGCACCAUUCAGAUUGCUGAGCACUCUCUAGAAUUGGUUGAAAAAGGUGAAUAUAUGUCCCGGUGUGGUGUAUGUCAGGACCAUUUGGAUAAGAAGAACGCCCUUCUGUGCACAGCGUGUAAUUUACAUAUUUGCUGUAAAUGCUCUUGCGACAUCCUGGAAAACAAGGCUAAGAAAAACACCAGAAGUUAUAUCGCGUUGCAACAAAGCAAAUUUACAUCAUUAGCUCUUGUGUUUUUCUUUUCUUCCGUGAAGUGUAUUACCAUUAUAAUUAAUCAUCCCGUUACUGUUGGUUUGAAUUACAGUACUAACUUUUAUUCAUAUAUGUAUAUUGCAAAUAGAGGAUCAAGCUGGUGUUGGAUCGAUGUCGGUCACUAGAAACGACCAUCCAGAUAGUAGCUAAUUGAAGGGUGUUUGAUUGAACUUUUUGAGUUCUAAAUAUCAUUGGAGCAAAUUGAAGCUAAGUUGC